GAAGUAAUAGGCUACGGAGGCCGCAUCGGCGCAAACAAAGCAACCGACUCCCUUGAACCUUACAUCAUCCAAUCCGUCUUCCUUCUCGUCCCGCCCUCGCUUUUCGCUGCAUCCAUCUACAUGACACCCAGCCGCGUGAUGCGCGGUCUCGGACCCGCUGCCGAACAAUUUUCCAUCAUCCGCAUCGAUUGGCUCACCAAGACCUUCGUUAUCGGCGACGUGUUCGCAUUCCUCGUCCAUUCCACCAGCGCAGGAUACAUGGCCGCGGGCACAUCCCCGAAAACAGGCGAGAUCAUCGUCAUCUUCGGCCUCAUGGUCCAAAUUACUUCCUUCGAACUCUUCGUUAUGAGCGCGGUGCUGUUCCAUAAGCGGUACAAUGCUAGAUUUGGUGCGAGGGGCAGCUUCUACUGGGAGAAGAUCAUGCUGAUGUUGUAUGUCACUUCGGCGUUGAUCCUUGUUCGCUCCAUCUUUCGUAUCAUUGAGUAUGGGGCUGGCUCGGGUAGGUAUCUGCUGAGAAAUGAGUGGCCGUUGUACAUCUUCGAUGCGGUGCUUAUGGUGGCUGUUACAUUCGGGUGCCAAAAGUCUGUUCGCGACGGCUUUACCAACAGCCUCUGCUUAUUUAAAUAA